GAAUUUCCGAAGUAGCAACCAUCUUCUAGAUAUCAAUCGAACAAGGCUGAGCUCAAUUCAAUUGCUUCCUUUCAAUUCGAAACCCUAACAAAAACCCUAAAUCGACGAGGAUGGAGUUCGACGAGUACGAUUACCUGGAGAAGACGGGGGAGGAAGGAGACGGAUCGAAUAAGAAGAAGGAAGAGAGCGGGAACGAGAAGAGCGAGAGGAGUUACAGGAAGAGAGAAGGAGAGGCGCGUGACGGAGAAGACGGCAAGGAAGAGCGAGGGAGCAGUCGGAGUAAGAAGUCUCGAGGAGACGACGAAGAAGAGAACGGUGGAGGUAGGAGGGAUCGGGAGAGAGAGAGGCACAGGAGCAGCCGGGACAAGGAUAGAGAGAGUAGAGGAGGAUCCAGAGAUAGAGAGAGGGACAGGAGAGAUAGGGAGAAGAGCCGAGACGGAGACAGAGAGAGGAGUAGCAAAGAGAGAGACAGGGGCGAUAGGGAGAGGAGUAGCAAAGAGAGAGACAGGAGCGAUAGGGAGAAGAGCAGAGACAGAGAGAGGAGAGAGAGGGAGAAGGAGAGAGAGAGAAGGGAGAGGAGGAGUAGCAGUAGGUCAAGGAGGGAAGAGAGGGAACGCGAAGUAGUUGAAAGAGGAAGCAGGAGACACAAGGACAAGAAAGAUGAGCCUGAAGCUGAUCCAGAGAGGGAUCAGAGAACUGUCUUUGCAUAUCAGAUGCCUCUUAAAGCUACCGAGAGGGAUGUUUAUGAGUUCUUCUCCAAAGCUGGCAAGGUCAGGGAUGUGCGGUUGAUCAUGGACAGAAACUCAAGACGGUCAAAGGGAGUCGGGUAUAUCGAGUUUUAUGAUGUUAUGUCGGUUCCAAUGGCCAUAGCUAUGUCUGGACAGCUAUUUCUUGGACAACCUGUGAUGGUUAAGCCCUCUGAAGCUGAAAAGAAUUUGGCUCAAUCCAAUACUACUGCAGGCGGUGGUACUGGCCCUGUUGAUAGGAAGCUGUAUGUGGGGAACUUGCAUUUCAACAUGACAGAGUUGCAGCUUAGACAGAUUUUUGAGCCGUUUGGUCCUGUUGAACUUGUUCAGCUUCCAUGUGACCUUGAAACUGGGCAGUGCAAGGGUUUUGGGUUUAUCCAGUUUGCGCAAGUUGAACAUUCAAAGGCAGCACAAAUAGCCUUAAACGGAAAAUUGGAGAUUGCUGGAAGGACAAUCAAGGUUUCCUCUGUCGCUGAUCAUAUUGGCACACAAGACGGUAAUCCAAAAUCUGCUGAUUUUGAUGAUGAUGAUGGAGGCGGACUGGCUCUAAAUGCGCAAUCGAGGGUUCUGCUUAUGCAGAAGCUGGAUCGUACAGGUCUCGCAGCAAGUAUUGGAGUACCAGCGCUAAAUGGAACAGCUCUGAAUCAACCAGGCAUGAAUCCUGGUUUCCCAACAUCAGUGCUUCCGACAACAGCACUCCCUUCUGUUGUGUCAGAGCCUAUUGGUCAGCCAAGUGAAUGUCUUCUACUGAAGAAUAUGUUUGAUCCUGCAACGGAGACCGAACCUGGUUUUGAUGAAGAAAUUAAAGAAGACGUUCACGAUGAAUGCUCCAAGUAUGGCGAAGUCAAGCAUAUUUAUGUAGACAAGAACAGCGCAGGUUUUGUGUACCUGCGGUUUGAAUCAGUGCAGGCGGCAAUGGCAGCUCAAAGAGCGAUGCACAUGAGAUGGUUUGCACAGAAGAUGAUAUCUGCAACUUUCUUGCCUCCACAUGUAUAUGAAGCCAAAGCCAAGGCGUGAGUUACAGGGGAAGCCAAGUUUUUCUAGUUCUUUUCUGACUUGGUAUAAAACCUUAAACCGGAUUUAAUCUCUUGUCUGAAUAUCUUAUCCAAAGAUUAUUGGGUUCCUUUCUUUCUCGUUUGUUGUAACACCCUCAUAUAUUGUGGUCUUUAUAAAGUAUUUUGUUUUGUUUUACCUUCA